AUGACGGUUGCGGAGUUGGUUCGACAGCCCGGUCGUGACCAUCUUCCCUAUCUCACUGAGUAUCCACAUGGACAUGGUCAAACAUGGUUCAACCGAUCCGGGAACGGGAUCAGCGCAUGGAUCAACCGUAUGAUGUACUCGGCCCUCGACAGCGGACAUCCGACUUUCACUCACUUCCCUGUCGAGAAGCAGCAUCUGUGGUUUCGUCAGUUUGCGCAAGAAUUCAACUGGAAUUCCGAUGAUACGCUCUCUAUCUAUCACCAUUUUGUCCAUAAAGUUAUGGACAACUAUGGGAAGCAGAUGUACGAGUGGAAGAAGAAGUGGGAAGUAAACAAGGUCCCAAAGUCGAUGAACGACACGGUCUGGAAGGAGUUGUGUGCGCAUUGGGAUAAAGAAGAGACGAAAGAAACUUCUUCCACCAACUCCAACAACCGCAGGAGCGACCGUAAAGGAAAGGGCAUCUACAAGCAUAACUUGGGUGCUCAAUCUAUUGCCACUCUGGCGGAUCGCAUGGCGGAAGAAAAUGAAGGCCACCCAGUUGAUGAUCUCGCCCUUAUGAAAAGGGCGUAUACCAACAAGAAGACCGGCCAGAUUGAUGAUGGUCUUGUGAGGGACGUGGUCGACCUGGUCCAAACUCAGGUGUAUGACGAAGUGUCUCAGCUUCAAACCGAUGAUGACGAUUCGACGGCCUCGACCAACUUGUCUCGGGUUCGAAUCAACGAAAUCGUUGAAUCGUCGGUUCCAAAGAAAAAGGGACGUUUGGUCGGUUUGGGUCGUCGCUCCCGGUCGGCUGCUCCUUCUUCUGCACCACAUGCGUAUGUUGAUCCAGAAGUUCUUACGGCUCAGCUGAAGGACAAGGAUGAUCGGAUAUCUGCGUUGGAGACCCAGAUGGCAGCUCAACAGGCGGGCUAUGAGACCCAGAAGAGGCUGAACGAGCAGAUGAUGGAGAUGAUGAAGAGGAUGUACCCGAACGAGACGUUCCCGAACAUUCAAGACCCGGAAGAGGUUCCUCGGAAUUUUCCGAGAAACUCCACUCCCUCGGAAUUUUCCGAGGGAAGAAAGUUCCUCGGAAAAGUCCGAGGAACAUUUGUUCCUCGGUGUUUUCCGAUAAACAUUCCGAGGAAUAUUUCGUCGAAACUUCCGAGGAUUGGACCAUCGGAAUUCCCUCGGUAUUUUCCGAGGAACCUUCCGACGAACUUCGUGUCCUCGGAGUUUCCUCGGAAUUGUGUUUCCUCGAAAUUCCGUCGGAAUUUUCCGACAGAAUUCCGAGGAAGUAUGAAAUUCCGAGGAGAUAUUUCCGAGGACUUGUUUCGUCGGUAUGUCCUCGGAAUAGCGUUAUUCCGACGACAUACCGACGAUUUUUUCUCUCAGUAUCCCGAUGUUUUCUUGUAGUGUGUUUUCUACUGCUCUAGUUGUUGAUAUAAACCAGGAGAUCAUAUCUUUGGUCUACUACUAAGAAGACUGCUCGAGGUAGGCCGUUGUUGCGGAUUUUUUUGCUGCGGCAGCUUCCUGCAUCUCUUUAUUUGUAUCAGAAUCCAAGUCGUCGUCUUAUGCAUGGUUGCUUGAUCGUAGUAUUGGUCCCAUCAGUCGAUUAUCCAUUUAAUGGUGGAGCCCGUCAGGUGGCAUUGCCUCCUUUAGUCGGAGUUUACAGGGGUUGCAUUGGUCAAACACGGAUUCGGUACCGGCAUUGUUUCUUGCUCAUCGUGUUGAGAGAUGAGUUUUCUUUUCGAAGAACUGAGUUUUCAGAAUUAAGCUGUGAAGGUUUUUUCACGCUUUGCUUCAAGAGCUUGGAGUGCUCGUUCAUCGUGUUUUCAAGACUUGAACCUCCAAGAAAAGUUCAUGAUUAUCUGUAGAGGUGUUGUUUUCCCUCGCUGUGUGUAACUCGCUGAAUUGACUUUAUAAGGCUGCAACUUGAGCCCGAAACUCGAUUUUGACCAGAGUGGUCAGAGGCUGUUCGUUAUGCUUACUUUCUAUCAUCGUCACAUGGUCUAGAUUAUCCCCCUCCUCCUUUUAACGCCAAAGUAUUACGGUAAAUUCGUGCAGAAACUUUGUUGGCACUACGAAAACGUAAAGUAAGCAGAUAAAAAGCAUAAAAAGAGAUCAAAGGUAAUGUUUUAUUGAUCUUUAGAGCUGGAGCUCUAAUGUUUGGUCUAUCAACCCUAGUUCUAGCCGCUUAACCCUAAUAUUUUUUUAUUGAAUAGUUGAUCCCUUAUUCUAGGGUUUGGGUCCCCCUUAUAUAGACUGUUCGCAGUCAUCAGUUAGGCUAGAAACUUCCAUAUUCGGAAAUAUGGAAGAAUCUCAUUUAGUAAAACUUUACCAUUUUAUCUGGAGGCAGGGAUGGAGCUGAGAUGUUUCUAUGCAGGAAUUUGAAGGGCGGUAUCCUGCUCUGAAGCAUGAGUAAUAUCUUCAUGAAUUAUUAAGCAUGAUACUUCUUCCUGUCUCCAUUCGUAGGUAUAUGUUUGACCAUCUCCUUCCAGACCGAUUUUGGCUGACGAGCACUACGAGCUCCUCUGCUGACCUCUUUGUUUUGAUUCCAGACCAUAUUUAUCCCAUCUCUGCGUACAUAAGGUGGGACAGACCGCCUAGGACUCUCGUUGAAGAAAAUGUUGUACGAUGAACCUGAGAGGCUGUGAUGUUCGAUCAUAGGUGUACCGAUCCUUUGCAUUAGUUUUUUCCUUGUCCAAAGCCCUUUGGUUACGCUCAUUGAUGGGAAAGGGCCAUGAAAGCUUUGGCAUAGGCAACUGAACUUUAGAGAAAACAUCCCUUGCCUUCUCUUUGAUUCUCAGCCUUUAUAUCCGAAACCCUCUUCUCGUAAAAAUCAGCUCGUGAGAUAACAAUCCACAGUAGGAAAAAUAUUAAAACAUUUUUUGUACUUGAUCUAGAUCGUAACUUCCUCACCAUCUUUAGACUGGAGUUUACGAGAGAAUAUCAAUGGUUUACAGCUUUCUAUUUCAGUCAACAUUCUACAUUCAGAUACCUGGACAGUCCUUACCAGACCGAGCUUUCCCCCAACAUUGUGAUCGAGGAUCUAAUUAAGCACUGUUUUCUGUUAUUUACUGAUUUUGUAUUGUAAUGUAUACUACUAGGUUAAGAUCAGUUCAUUGCGCGAGAAGAAAUAUAUAUACUAUUUUUAUGUGUUAUAUGUUCUUUUACAUAUUUAUAAAAUAAUAAAUAUAUAUUGAAUAAUUAAAAAGUUAGUAACUAUUAAAAUAUAAUUAAAUUGAUGUGAACACAUAAAUAAAUUUCAUUAAUCUAAACAAUCACUUUUUCUACUUUAUAUGGUAUAUAAUUAAAUUUAAAUGACGUUAACAUAUAUAUAUAUAUAGUGUGUAUUUUUAUAUAUAUAUAUAUAUUAAAUGAUGCUUUCUACUCAUAUGAUUUUUUAAAUCAAUUGUAUAUUUAUUUUUUAACAAAUACUUUACAUCACUGAUAACAAAAUUUUCAUUGUGUGAUUAAUAGUUUUAGUAAUUAAUAAAUUUUAA